UAUAAAGGCGGGUCCUUUCCUGGCGCUGCACGCUUGUAAAACAAUGAGGAGCUUUGAGGUGGGACAGUUUUAAAUGCCGUGAGUGUGGCAGGUUCUCAUGUGGUGGUGCUCGGUUACCUCGCUGAAGUUGAUGAAGCGAAAAGCAAAAGGAGCUUCAGCGUUUUAACACUGUUUUAAAGUCCUUCAGCAGGAAACCGGUCGGCGUUUCUACACAUUUCAGUUGGUCUGCGAAAAAUAUACCGUACGAGGCAGCCAGGCAGUCCGAUUGACCGGAUUCAGUAAACGGUCCUGAAGCUAAACUCGACCUCUGAGCUCCUGUCAGUGUGUGAGGGUCUGCUAGCGGCUGCUGACGGACUGUGAGACUUUCAUAAAGCGCCAGUAAGACUUCACGGUUCCUCUCGGGUUGGAGCUCUGCUGGAGCUAGAGCUGAGGGGCAAUGGUGGGAAGACUGAAUCUGCGCAAUGUGUCUGACGACGAUCUGCUGGAUAUGAAUUUUAAAGCGGAGCGCGCUCUGGACAGUCCGGACUCCGGUCUGCCGCCCAGCCCGAGCCCCAGCCCCAACCCCUGGCUCCUGGCGGCGGGCAGCGAGAGGGGCAGCGGGGGCUCAGAGGACGAGGGGAGAGUGCGUAACGCAGAGGUUCCUCCUAAGCAGGUUAAAGGUCUGCACCCGUGCUCCUAUGGAGAGGGAAUUGAACUUGAUCCUCUACCCCUAAAAGAAUUAAGAUACACCUCAUCUGUGCGCUACGACUCGGAGCGGCACUUCAUCCAGGACGUGUCUCUACAGCCCACGGGUUUGGGUCUGGAGCUGUGCAGCCAGACUGUGUUGGCCCUGUCUCAGAGCACCUGGAGGCGAUACAAAACACAGCUGGAGUUCCAGCCCCGUCAACGGGUGCAGCGCUACCAGAGCACCACUAUCGUGUACCCCAAACAUGCCCGGACCCUCUACACCACUCAGCUCAACUAUGAUGGACGGAACCUGGCCAAGCGCUUCCUGUCCAGUGUGGAGUUGGAGGCGUCUGACUGUAGGGCCAAUCAGUAUUGAAGGAAGGCUGGGCUUUUCAGAGAUUCCCUAACAGAGUAUGCCUGUGUUCACCCCUUUAAGGACCAUAUCCCACAGUGAAAUUGCUCAAAUCUGGAUCGAUAUGAGUGGAAUUCCUAAGACUGUCUAUGUUAAUCCUUUUUUAGCAUGAUUGUUUUUAGCUGGGAUUGUUACUGCUCUGCUUUAGAGAUUAGCUUUGGCAAGUGUCUGGAGGUUUGGAUGGUUUGUAAUGUUACUGGUUUACAAAUGGAUCACAUUUUAGAAGUAACAUCUGCAGCCUCCCCAGUGACCCAAACUCUGUGUGAUAUCCUAUUACUCUGGGCUCUUUAAUGCUGCUGCAGAUGUUGGGCUGGUUCUAGUGCAUUUGAGAUGAUGCUCAGUGAUGUUGGUUCAUUACUGACUCGAGGUUUUGAUGCUAGUGUUGUCCCAGUACAGGCACACAGCUGUAUAUGAAAUAGUACAGGGAAGUGACUCAUGAAAGUGAGCUGGUUUAGUUUUUAUGCUGUUAAAAUGGGAAAUAGGUAGGUUUAAGUUUUCCAUAAUGGUCUGUUUCAUUGAUGGAGAAAAGCAAAAUAACUGCAUACAUGCAGAAAUGGUAAUUAAUAUUUUAUAUCGUGUGUGUGCGUGUGUGUGGAUAUCUUGUUUUAUUGUUUAAUUUUUUUAUCCUGCACCUUCUGGUAGAUUUUGUAUGUGCACAUACUUAUUUUACAGGCUUUUUUCAUUCACAUCUUACUCCACAUUCACAAAUCUGUGUGCUCUUUUUGGGGCUGGAAAUUGCUUUGUUAAGAAACAGGGUAGUGUUGGAUUUUUUGCACAGUGCUAACAGGAUAAGAUCUAAUGAAUAUGCAUACCUGAAACACAAGAUCACAGUUUAACACGUUCUCUUUGUAUACUCUGUGUACUACUGUAAGUCUACAUUUGGGCGCAAGUUUUUAUUUUCCAAAUGUUUUAUUUUAAACUUUUCUUUUUUUUUUUUUUGCUGCAAAGUACCUAAAUAUGAAAGAUGGUUCUGAGUGUGAACUGAACUGUAUGUAUGUUUGAACUGAAUGUGUGUAUGUCUGAGUUGCAGCAGUUGUAGACAGUACCGUUAUUUUGAUGUUAUAACUUCACCUGUUCAAAGGCACUUCAGUUUAGUCAUGUCUUAUGAAAAGCACUGCUGCAGUAUAUUUAUUUUAGCCUUUUGUCCUGUGCAAAUGGAUUUAGGAAAAAAGGAAUGUGCAAAACAGAAGUUAACUGCUUUUGAUGGAUCUGAAAUCACACAGCUGUAUUUAUUUCCAUUUCAGACUGAAAUAAACAUGGGCUGUUUCUCUUUUUAUAACAAA